UUUAGCUUCUCGCGCUUGUUGUCAUUGCAGCUGCGGCUCUUUAGCGGGGCGGGUGGGUUGUGGACGACCAGAGGGGCUCCUUAGCAGGAGCUGGUUGGUGGUCGCUCUUGAAGAGACGAGGCCGUUUCUCUCUGCCUGCUUGGCAAGCGUGCGCCGAGGCUCGGGUUUCCUCGCCCUUCCCGAGCGUUGUUCAUCUUGCCGUGAUGUCCGGCCGAGGGAAAUCCGGAGGGAAAGCCCGCGCCAAAGCCAAAUCGCGCUCCUCCAGAGCCGGCCUGCAGUUCCCCGUCGGACGUGUGCACCGGCUGCUGCGGAAAGGCAACUACGCCGAGCGGGUGGGCGCCGGAGCGCCCGUUUAUUUAGCCGCCGUGCUGGAGUAUCUCUCGGCGGAGAUCCUGGAGCUGGCCGGCAACGCGGCGCGGGACAACAAGAAGACCCGGAUUAUUCCCCGGCACCUGCAGCUGGCCAUCCGCAACGACGAGGAGCUCAAUAAGCUCCUGGGAGGGGUGACCAUCGCCCAGGGGGGCGUCUUGCCCAACAUCCAGGCUGUCCUGCUCCCCAAGAAGACGCAGAGCUCCAAGAAAUGAGCCUGAUGGGAUUUCCCCAGAAAAAUCAUCCGCGACAACGACGGUGUGACCCCCGCCCCUCCCAGCGCCCCACCCGCAGGACUCGGUGCAGUGGGCAUCGGACUCUCCCUCCUCUGGUUCAGAGGGUGCACCCUCUCCGCCGCAUCCCCUGCCAGGGUGCAGUCCGCCCUGGGCCUUCUGUGCUCCCCUUCCCUCCCUGCCCCCCCUCCCUGGCCCCCUUUGUGACUCCGGGCUAGAACCGCUGGGCCCUUUGCUUCCUCUCCGACUGAUACAGCUCCUCACUUCUUUUAGCACUCUUUCCCUUUUUCCGGUCCUAGAGAUUGGUGGGGGAAAGAGUGUUUCCCAUGUCACAAAAAAGGGCAUGUGCCUUGGGGCCUGGCUGCCACCUGGUACCCUGCAGAUUGAUUUCCUUGGUUUUCUUUCCUCCCCUCCUGGACCCCAUCUUUUCCAGAUGAUUUAGUCUGAAUCUACUGCCUUGAAGCUGCUUAAUCUACAGCAUCUGUGCAAUUAGGUUUUUCUAUAUUUUUCUCUCUUAAAUUCCUGCAUAUCCCUCUGGGGGAGAGGACUGGUAAAGAAGGAACAUUUUCCCCUUUGGCUGUAUUUUGUUUCUAAAAUUGAAAGUAUGAAUAGUGCACCUUUAUUUUUCUCAAUGGACUGAAAUAGACAAGAUACUGGAAGAGAAGUCACAGAGCACAACGAAAGCUUCAGGUCUACACUGGAAAGGCCAGAAAUUCUGCUUAGGCAUCAUGCUACCAUUUGUGGCAAUGGUCCUCUUCUCUUCCCUAUUUGUGGACGUAUACAGUGAAAGAGGGGCUUGUGAGGUAGAAGGUUUAGUCUCUCUGUUGCUUUGUUGUUUUGCACAGAUAUUCACCCCAAACUCUGAAAACUGAACAGUCCCAGAAACCAAGAUGGUGAUGGAUCUAUUUGCUUGCAGGUGCUGCACUUCCCCUCUCAAUGUGAUCACAGACUUAAGGAUAAAGGGGGUGGGGCAAAGCUGCCAGGAAAUUCACCAUGGGAAGAAUGCUGAUAAAGUAAUAUUUCCAUAUGCUAAUCUAUCCCUGCUUGUUUGCAUUGUAUCAUUGUGCUUGUACCCCAUUCUUGACUGAUUUUUUGUUCAGUUUUGCAUUUUUGUUGUUGUUCCAAAGUUAAUCUUUAAAAUCCUGCUUAUGUUAUUACUAGCUUCAGCCUAGACCCAAGCAGUAUCUUAUAGAUUCUGAGGAUGUCCACUCAUCUCUCUGGUUCUGCUGUUAUCUAUAGCCAAAUAGGUCUUGUAAGGUUGUUACUAAAAAUACAGAUCAUGUUAGAUACAGUGGAGGUAAAUGUAGGAUCAGUGUGCAUGCCAUAGGCAGUAAGCUGUUUUUCAAGCCAAGUUUGGGGGAGGGGGAUUGGAAGCAGAGAGGGAACUUAUUAUCUAUGGCUGAACCUGAUCUCCAGCCAUUUAGAUCUUUUGAAUAUGCUUAGCAGCUUAGCUGGAAACCCAUUUUGAGCAAGAGUCUUUGGAUUUAGGUCUAUUUUUAUUCUCUUGACGUCAGUGGAGUUAAAAUGGCUUCAAUCAAAGUAGUUUAGUAUAACAGCCUGUGUGUGUUGGGUUUUGUUUUGUUUUUGCCUAAAUAAUAGUAGGUUAGAAGUGCAUGCUGUUUCUAGAAACAGCAGUUGUGUUUUGUUUUCCUCCCCUGCCUCUUGGUUAUUUGGUUGCAGUCUCUCAUUAUGACUGACAUUUAGCAUUUGUAUUCUAGUUUGCACUUUAAACUAAACAUUGUGUUUUAUGUUCCAAACUUCAUUUUGAGUACUUUAAAAAGAGUGCAAUUGUGACAUCUGUUUUAUUGUAAUUCUCAGUGAAUUUGGUUUUUCUCUUGGUGAACAAAACCUAAUUUAUACAAGAGUAAAAUACCUGGUGAACGUGGUGGUUUAUUAAAUAGGUGUUUGGCUAAUGUACAAGCAUGGAAGUUGGACUAGCCAGUUCUGUGAUGCAUAGUAGCUGUGGUCUUCUAGGAGGGAUAUCAGAUCUGAAUCUUGCUUGAUUACGUGAAAAGCUCAUAGACCAUGUGCAUGCAUCAGUGCCUAGGCUGUUGAACAAGUAGAACUUGUAAUAUUUAUGAUCAGUUGUGUAUGUGCUGUUAAGUAGCAUGUGGGCAAUCUAUCAAGUGUUAAAUCUGUGGAUAAAGUAUUGUUUUGCUCUGGAUUGACAAAUAAUACCUAGAUUAGUAGACAUUGGAUAAUUUACUGACUGGAUAAUGAGGGCAGUUUGUUCACUCUGUGGCUUGCUAGUGUACUGUCUUGUUGGCAAUACCCAAGAAAUAGAACCUCCAUCUCCAUUGUUUUGCCUGACCCCCAUCCCAGUGCAGGCCGGGGGGGGGGGAGAACCCUCUUGUUUCUAAAUAGCAAUCUUAUUCCGCAGGCAUUUCAUGAGUGUGGGCUUUUUCUUUCUUUGAGAACGAAAACAUAUUGCAUCACAGAGGGGAAGGGUUUCUUUAAAGUCAACAAUUGCUGGAGAAUGGGAAGAAGUUUGGGUAAUCAUGCCCUCCCCGCCCAUCUUUUCAAUAUUAUUUUCAAGACCAGUAUUUUGUGUUCUGUCAAAGAUUGCUUUGUAUUUACUAGAUAACGCAGAAAUUGUGAUACUAGAAAAGUUCAAAACCAAUAUUCUUAUUAAAUUGGUUCAGUCUUGAAUGCUCAUCAAAGCUGUCUUUCACCAAUGCAUCAUUUAUUUAACUCUGAUAGUUACCGGCUAUAUGAAAAAGUAACUUCUGUGCCCUAGUCCAAGAAUGUUGCUGGGAGGAAACUUGGGCAGUGGAAGGUCAGAGGCUUACUUGAAUUAACCCUGAUUCUCAACAACAUGAGUUGCCAAAUUCAUCCUUUCUAUCUGAGGGCCAAAAUCAAAUACAUAAAUGAGUACAGUACAUUGCAAUAGAACUGUGUCCAAAGUCUAAAGCUUGCUUUGGCCAUACUAUCAAAUGAGCCAGUGAAGCUCAUUUUAAAAUUGAUUUUCUGAACCUCCAUAAUGAAAUCAUUCCUGCCCUUUUCUUGGUGAAUGGGGCUCUAAUUCCAGUGUUUCACUACACAUGGAUAAAAGUGCUCAGACAAAUAAUUCCUUCUCUCUAUAGCUGUUAAGAUAAAUACCCACUGCAUUUGGAAUAUUCCUCAUGCCAGAUUAGAUAGCCAAACCAUUCUAUCUAUGGAAAUCCCAUUUAAGUGUGUGAAGUUCACUAGUCUUCAAAAGUGAUAUGACUUGCUUCCAGGAAGUAUGUUAAGAUAGGAUUGUUGGACUGAAGUCCUAAGGAAAGCUAUUUAGUUGGAAAAGGUAUUCCAAGUGCAUGUGGAGGGGUAAAAUGUAGUCUUCCUCUAGGAAAAUUGUGUCAUCUUACAGCAUUAAGUUCUUAACAUAUGGUCUUAGCUAUGGUGAACAGUAAAGAAUUCUUGGAGUUGAGCUCCAAAAGAUGUGGAGGGCCAGGUAUUGAGAGCCAUUCGGAUACAAGGUAUUCUUGUAUUUUGUUUCAAAUAGAUCCUGUUUAACAAAUGUAACUGUCAAGCACCCUUUGAACAUGGGCACUUGAUCACUUUUGGUCUAACAAUAAUAGCUUUAAACAUGAAUAGCUAGAGAGUUCAAUAUAAGUAAUCAAGACUGAUAUAACAACGAUUUAGUGACAAUAAGAGACUCCAGUUCCUUAGUGCAAAAUGGCCAUUGGUCCCAUAUUUGUUCAUUAAAAUGUUUCUGUUGAGUAUGAGAAGGAAAAUAUUUCUUCUCUUUCCACUCUCCCUUCCCUGGGGUGGGAAAAAAAGGCAUAAGGCAGAAUUCUACCCAAAAAUCCCUCGUGAUAAGCUAUAACAAAGACAUAAACACAUAAAUAACCCCUAGCUGAAAUAACAAUCUCGUUGAUACAUUGGAUUAUUAAUACAAGAGGAAAGGGAGUGGAAAAUGGUGGUGAAGGGGGAAAGAUUCUGUUAUUAGCUUUAUUGCUAUUAAUGAAUCCUUUUCUCUAAAUAUCUUCUGUGUCGUUUGCUUCCAAAACUGAGCCUGGGUGCUCUUUUAAGCAUUCCAGUGCAAAAAUGGAUAAAAAAAUAUGGCACUUGCCCUGUGUUCAACUCACUUAAAAUAGGAGGAGGAUUUGUUAAUUGUUGUUGCAUCUUGUACACAACCUGUGAGAAAUUCCCACUGGAACUCUUUCAUUGUUGGUUAUUUCUGUUAUAAUAAUGAAAAGAUAGCUAUAUUGUAAAGGCACUGUGACUUAAUUGCUAAUACGAAUGAUUUGCAACCUCAGUGAUUGAAAUCUGUGUCAUCCCUGCCUCUAGUGCUGUUUGGUUUCUGGUUUUGCCAGUGAUGAUACUGAAUUUAAAUUGCACUAAAAACAAACAAUGUGACUCUCCUUUUUCUGGAAAGUACACUCCAAAACAAGAAGCGAAUGCUGGCAAAUAUUGUAACUUGGUAUCUGUGCAUUGCUUGAGAAUAGUAAUGAAUCAGCUUUCCUGCUGUAUUAAACACCUUAAGUAUGUUGA